AGGUACUGUUAGCUAGAGUUGAACUUCACUACUCACUAGCCAUAAGUGAAGCAGUGCGUGCUAUGGCUCUGGAGUGGUAGCUCUCAGUUUUCCCUGCAAAUUGCUAAACACGAAACAGCUUUAAUUAUAUAUACAUUGGUCCACUGCUUCAUGUGCAUGGAUCUCUGCUCCAUCUUCCAAGUGAGAACCUCAGUUUUAUAGGAAGAAAAAAUAUAAAUAACAAAUAUCAUGUUAGCAGUUGCGCCAUAUGCGCCGGCGUUUUCACCGGCGACGAAGCCUCCACUGCCGCCGGUUGGUGAUACUCCUCCUCCAGUGCCGGAACCGGCAUCACCUCCAUCAGCGUGUCCGGCACCUUCGGCACUUCCCGACACCUCGCCAGCAACUUCAUCCCCGCCGACGUUAUCUUUAACGGUGCCACUGCCGUCAAAUUCUGCACCUCCCGUUAAGUCACCGACCAUACCGGCGUCGUCCUCGCCGUCACCGGAAAUUUUACUCGUUCCAGCUUCUCCGCCUCUUAUUAUAUCCAAUGAGAGUCCAGAUUCGCCACCGCCAUCUCCUCCGUCUCCAGUUAUUCCACUUCCUCUGACGGUUCCAUUGCCGUCCCCAGCGGCGCCGGCAUUUCAGCCACCACCGUUUCCAUUUGCCACAGCACCUGCAACAGGAACGUUUCCACCGUUUACAAUUACACCAUCGGUUCCAACUCCAACCUCCAUUUUUCCACCACCUUCAACACCUGCAUUGUCGGAGGACAUGCCUCGACCACCGCUUCCGCCACCGCCGGCGACUGUUCCUCCACCUGCAUUCACCGAACCUUCCCUGGCACCACCAUCGAGUUUCAUGUUGCCGGCAUCGGAACCGGAAGCGAUGUUGCGGCCAACAUCGUCAAGUGGAGGUUUGCCGGUGGCUGUGGGAGCUCAGAAACUUUCAGCCUUCCAUUUGUCAAGUGGAAUCGUCAUUGGACUUGUAAUUGGAGCUAUCCUUGUUUCGUUUAUUCUCGCCAUUGUAACUGUUUUGUGCAGGAAUAAGAAGAAAAAUAAGCAGAAGAAUCUCUCUACCUAUCAAUAUAAGGAUUCAUCCCCCUCUAUUGGAUCAAAGGGUCAGAAAUCUUAUCCUUUACCUUCCUUUAUGAGUAAAUUAUGUGAUAUAGAUUUAAAGGGAAUAACUCUACUCUCGUACAGCAAUUCUUCUAAUUUUGGAAGUGAUAAAAAAGAGAAAAGUAAAGAAUGUGAUAAAAGGGAUGAACGAAAUGUACAAAAUGGAGAAAAAAAUAAUUUAUAA